AUGGUUAUCGGUAUCUACGUUGGUGUUGCUACUGUCUUUGGUUAUGUUUGGUGGUUUGUCUACAACCCCGAUGGGCCCGGCAUCUCUUUCUGGCAAUUGUCCCACUACCACAAGUGUGCCUCUCAGUUCCCCGAGAUUGGAUGCGAGAUGUUCAGCAACGACAUGGGCAAGUCUGCCUCCACCGUGUCUCUUUCCAUCCUCGUGGUGAUUGAGAUGCUCAAUGCCAUGAACGCGCUUUCCUCUAGCGAGUCCCUCCUGACGUUCUUCCUGGGCAACAACCCGAUGCUUAUCUACGCCAUCGCUCUGUCCAUGCUCCUUCACUUUGCCAUCCUCUACAUUCCUUUCCUCCAGAAUCUGUUCUCGAUUCUGCCUAUGGACUGGAAUGAAUGGCAGGCAGUGUUGGUGAUCAGUGCACCUGUGAUCUUGAUCGAUGAGGUGCUCAAGUUCGCCGAGCGUCGUCUCUACAACACGAAGGCCGUCAAUCCGGUCGCUCAGAACGGCGCCGCUGGUAAACCCAAGCGGGCAUAA